GGAACCCCGGCGCCAGGGCGCCAGGCGCUGCGGCUGCUGCUCCUGCUGGUGGCGGCGCCGUCGUGGGGACGCGCAGUGCCUUGUGUCUCUAGUGGUAUGCCGAAACCCACAAAUAUCACCUUCUUCUCCAUUAACAUGAAGAAUGUUUUACAGUGGAAUCCACCAGAGGGUCUACAUGGAAUUGAACUUACCUACACUGUGCAAUAUUUCAUAUAUGGGCAAAAGAAAUGGCUGAGUAAAUCUGAAUGCAGACAAAUCAACAGGACUUACUGUGAUCUUUCCACUGAAACUUCUGACUAUGAACACCAGUAUUAUGCCAAAGUUAAAGCCAUUUGGGAAGCAAACUGUUCUGAGUGGGCUGAAACCGAGCGAUUCUAUCCUUUGUUGGAAACACAAAUUGGCCCACCAGAGGUUGCUCUGGCUGCUAGUGAAAAGUCCAUUUCAAUUGUCCUAACGGCACCAGAGAAAUGGAAGAGAAAUCCAGAAGACCCUACUGUUUCCAUGCAACAAAUAUACUCCAGUCUGAACUACAACAUCUCUGUGUAUAACACUAAGUCAAAAAGAAUGUGGUCCCAGUUUGUCACCAACCACACACUGGUGCUCAGCUGGCUGGAGCCAAACACUCUGUACUGUGUCACUGUGGAGUCCUUCGUCCCAGGGCUCCCUGGCCAUACUCAGCCAUCUCAGCAGUGUGUCAGUACUUUGAAAGAUCAAACAUCAACAUUGAAGGUUAAAAUCAUCUUCUGGUAUGUUUUGCCCAUAUCUGUUGUCCUGUUUCUUUUUUCUGUGAUCGGCUGCUCCAUCUACCGAUAUAUCCAUGUUGGCAAAGAAAAACACCCGGAGAAUUUGAUUCUGCUCUAUGGAAGUGAACUGGACCAAAGAUUCUUUGCGCCUGCCGAGCAAACCGUGGUCAACUUCAUCACCCUCACUAUUAGGGAUGAUUCCAGAAUUCCUCCGAAGGAGACAGUGGAAAGCGUCCACGCCGGACCCCCCCUCCGUGCGCCUGCGCGCAGCUGGGGCCGGGCGCCCCGUCUGGAGGACGCGUGCUUGCAGCCCUCCGGGUAUGCCGAACACGUGGUGGAGGUUGAGGAAAGCGGUCAAGGGGCGGCCCUGACCCCGGGGGCGGGGCCUGGCGCGGCCACGCCCACGGAGAAGGCAGCCCCUGCCCACCAGUACCACGUCCGGGCCGAGCUCCCCCGGGGGCUUGCAGGCCACCCGCCGGGGGCCCGGGAGCAGGGGCCCGGACCGGGAGCCCUACCCGUGCCACAGGCACUGCUGUGCGGCUACACCCCUCGGCUCUGCGACGUGGCGCGGGAACACACCGUCCCGGAAGAGGCGGGGGAAGAGCCGCCAAGGACCCUGGUGGACUGGGACCCCCGGACCGGCAGGCUGCGCAUCCCGUCCCUGUGCAGCUCCGACCCGGAGCCCGAGGACCGCGCCCCCGGGGACGGGGACGGACUCCCAGAACAGAGCCUUUUGUCUCGACUCUAUGAGAAGCAGGCCCCGGACCAGCCAGCAGAGGGGUGUGGAGACUGUCUCGUGGAGUUCAUGGAGGAAUGGGGCUUGUACGUACAAAUGGGAAGCUAACCUACGACGCUUUCCUCGCUCGACCCCGCCGUAGCGUUGGAGGGCCCGCGGGGAUGGACGGUUCAGACGGGCGACCCACCUGCGCGCGCGCGCUGCUGCCCUCGGCUCUUUGCACUUGUGUGGUGCUGCCCUCUGCCGGUGGUUGAGAUACGCGCAGGUCUCUGGCCAGGACAGAGGGUGGGAGGUCAGGCAGUAUUUGCCUGGCAGUGUGCAGAAUUUACUUGCAAAGGUGUACUAUGACCACUCUGCUUACUUUUUUAUUCUAAUAAGCAUGCUUUUUCCAGUUAUUUUUCUGGUUAUUCUAUGUGUAUAUAACACUGAAAAAAU